GGGAUGGGAUGGGAUGGGAUGGGAUGGGGAGGGGGGGAAGGAAGGAAGGAAGGAAGGAGGGGAAAAGGCACCAACCAGCGGCGGCUCCGGCUCUGCUCGCCUGCCGAAGUUUCACUUUUUCGCUGGGGGCUUGCUCCCUAGCCUUGGGUGAGGUUCCCCGGGACUAAGUAGCUUUAAUAGAGCGGGCGGAGGCCGGCGUGCACGGCAAGGGCUUGAAGAGAAUUCUCAAGUGGUGUCCAUUGUGAGGGACCCAGAGGAAGGUCUUGGAGGGCUAACCUGCUUCUCCAUCGCAGACUUUCACUCUCAUCACAGCCUCCUCCUUUGGUCAAAGACAUCAUCGCUGCGAGCAGAACCUUUGCUGACUCUGGUGUUUCUGGACCAUUGCUUCCGCCGCGGCUGCUGACCCUCUCAGUACUCCAUCAUGUCUCACCCUUCGUGGCUGCCCCCCAAGAGCACCAGUGAAUCCCUUGGUCAUGCCCCUGCUCGGAUGGAGACAACACACUCAUUUGGGACGCCCAGUAUCUCUGUGUCCAUGCAGCAGACACCCAAGAAGUUUGCUCCAGUGGUCGCCCCCAAGCCCAAAUACAAUCCCUACAAGCCGCCUGGGGCUGAAGGUGACUUUCUGCCCCCUCCACCUCCCCCUCUCGAUGACAUUGGCAGUCUACCAUCUGGCCCUGGCUCCUUCCCCCCGCCUCCACCACUCGAUGAAGGUGUUUUCAACGUGCAGGUGAAUCCUGGGAGCAAGACCCUCGAAGAGCGUCGCUCCAGUUUGGAUGCAGAAAUCGACUCUUUGACCAGCAUCCUGGCAGACCUAGAGUGCAGUUCCCCUUACAAGCCGAGGCCUCAGCAGGGAGCCGCCAUUCCCACGGCCUCAACUCCAGUCUCCACACCUGUCACAGGGCAUAAGCGAAUGGUCAUCCCCAACCAGCCACCUCUAACAGCCACGAAGAAGUCCACCUUGAAGCCCCAGCCCGCAGGCCAGCCCUCGCCCAUCCCUGUGGCUCCCAUAGGAAUGCUGAAGCCUCAGCCUCAGCCUCAGCCUCAGCCAGUUCCGGCCUCCUAUACCACUGCAUCCACACCAUCCAGGCCCACGUUCAAUGUCCACGUCAAGUCGGCCCAGCCUAGCUCUCACUACAUGCCUGCUGGUUCACCUGGACAGUACUACAGCUCGGGACCGAGCCACGCCUACCCUCCUCAGGCACCUCCUGCUCCCGGGCCUGCUCAUUAUGCCCCACCACCGUCCCGAGGAGGCCCCGAAUAUGGCUAUGCUCCACCACCUGGCCGUCAGCCAGAGCCUGCCUACGGCUAUGCCCCCACUCAAGGCCGGUACCAGGAUCCUUAUUACUCAGGCUAUGGGGGACGAAAUGGUUCUGAACCAGGUUAUGGCCCGCAAAAUACCUGGAAACCCGAGCCAAGUUAUGCUCCUUCUCCAGCUAGCACCCAGAAUCCUGCUGGCAUGUACCAACCCCCAGAGACCAAGAAGACGUACAUCACUGAUUCUGUUUUAGCUCCCCAAGCCCCAGCACCCCAGCAGCCUAAGGGUGGCCUCCCCGGUCCUGGGGGCCCUGUGUCUGGCCCAUCCUUCCGCCCAGAGGACGAACUGGAACAUCUCACCAAGAAGAUGCUGUAUGACAUGGAGAAUCCUCCCUCUGAUGAAUACUUUGGCCGCUGUGCCCGCUGUGGUGAGAAUGUUGUUGGCGAAGGCACCGGCUGUACAGCCAUGGACCAAGUCUUUCAUGUGGACUGCUUCACCUGCAUCAUCUGCAGCACCAAGCUCCGCGGGCAGCCCUUCUACGCUGUUGAGAAGAAGGCGUAUUGUGAGCCCUGCUACAUAAACACCCUGGAGCAAUGCAACGUGUGUGCCAAGCCCAUCAUGGAGCGGAUCCUGCGUGCCACAGGGAAGGCAUAUCAUCCUCACUGCUUUACCUGUGUCAUGUGUCGCCGUAGCUUGGAUGGGAUCCCAUUCACUGUGGAUGCCAGUGGCCACAUCCACUGCAUUGAGGAUUUCCACAAGAAAUUUGCCCCUCGAUGCUCUGUGUGCAAGGAGCCAAUCAUGCCUGCCCCAGGCCAGGAGGAGACUGUCCGUAUCGUGGCUUUGGAUCGAGAUUUCCAUGUUCAGUGCUACCGAUGUGAGGAUUGUGGUGGCCUGCUGUCUGAAGGAGACAAUCAGGGCUGCUACCCGUUGGAUGGACACAUCCUCUGUAAGACCUGCAACUCAGCCCGCAUCCGCGUCCUGACUGCCAAGGCCAGCACUGACCUCUGAGAAUUGCUGAUGCCCAUUGGAUCUGAUUGGGGGAGGGGUUAGGGAAGGAAGGGCGGGAAGAGGGCAGGGGUUGGGGGCAUGUCUCGGAGGGUUCACUUUGCAGUUGAGCAUGGCCCCAUUGUAGGGGUGGAAAGGGCAGGAAAUGAGAGGAGCGGCCACCUUUGCCCGUGGGCUUCUUUGUUGACCUUCUUUUUCCUAUCCCCCUCUCCUGGGAAGCACACUGAAUCAGCCUGCUUGUUGGUAGAUCUCACCAGAAGCACAACACAACCCAGGUCACAAGGUCGGAUGCUGGCUGACCUUUCUGUGCAAGGACUUCACUCAAGCACGUGGAUGCUUCUCAUCCAACCCUUUCACUUUUUCAUUCCUGUAACUUUUCAUUCUAGCAUUUGCCUGACUCGCCUUCUGGUCGAACAGCUUUUUAUAGCCUAGUAUUUUCCUGUUGCAGAGGAUUUAUUCAUUGGGGAUGCCAGCUUCUAGGAUCUCGAGUAUGAAUGCACCAGUCCCUUGAGAAAGGGUGCUGGCUUCUUGGAGUUGGUGCUCACCAAGGCUAGACACUCUGUUUAUUUAUAUAGGAAAUGAUGUCUUUGUGUUUUACUAGAACGCUAAAACCAAUUAUGUGCCUUGAAAAAAAUCACAAAUGAUUUUUCACUAGAGUACAAGGAAUGUAACUAAUAUAUUACAUAGUCAAAGUCUGGUUUGGAUAUGACCUCUGGCAUUCAUCAGGCUAAAGCUGUAGUGGUCAUUGGCUAGGCUGUUUUAAAUGUCCAGAUAGCAAGUCCAGCUGGCCCAGCACUGCCUGGGUUUUCUCACAGAUUUUCACUGGUUGAUAGAUGUCUCAAGGGAAUUGACAUGGAUUCCCCGAUUUCCCAAAUCAAAUUGAGCAUCUCGCUGCAAAAUGGAGACAGGAGACCCAAGGGGCUUUCAGAUAGUUUGAGCUAGGCUUGUGUUAUGCCUUAGCAUUCUUUUUUUUUCCCCAAUUAGGACAGUCCUGUUUAUCCACAAUUCCCUGUCCAAGACAGCCUAGGGGAAUUUGACUCUUCCCACACUGAACCUUUCAUCUAGAAAAAUGCCACCAUUUCCCCUCCCCCACAACCAUCUGCAAUGAACAGCAUCAGCCUCCUCUCAAGGCUGCAAGGCAUAUUCUGGCAUCCUAACCUUGCUCUGAUGAUUGCAAACCAGGACUCCAAAUGGUUGUCAAAUGUUGGUUGAUCAAUUCCAAAAAGAAAAGAAGGAGCAAGAGAGAGCAUUAACUUUCUAUGAGGGUAGUCUUAGCUUUCAUUAAAAACUAAUUUUUAUCCAGUGGUUGAAGCAUUUCUUUUUCAGGUGCCAAGGAAGUCGCUGAAAGAAAAAAAAAUUAAAAUGCAUAAAAUAUAUAAGAUUAAAAAAUGGAUGUAUUUAUAUAUAUAUAUAUAUAUAUAUAUAUACACAUAUGUAUGUAUGUAUUUUAUUUUCUUAUAUAAGAACCAAAGGAAUUAACCCCAUAGUACUUGCUCCAGCAAAUCCCCAUUGGCUAAAGACAAUUUGAUUUUUAUUUGGAAAAGAACACGUUGGGACUUGAAAUGUUUCAGUCAAGGGCAGAGCCAUGGCUUUUCAGUGGCUUGGACAAAGGGCAGAUUUGGUGUGUGGGUCAUACAGUCUGGUAUUCAUCCAGUGCCACAGAGGUAGCUUGUCAUGGUCUUUUUGUGGGAUGUUUCCUGACACACAUCAACCCCUGGUGUCUCACUUUCAAUCUUAAAGAGUUUACUGUGACCCUGAGAUGUUUGAAUCAGAGAUUGGGAAUUUCCCAGGGUCUCACUAUGGGGUGUCGGAAGCAGGACUUUCUGAACCCAGAUCAUCUGCACUCCAAGGCUAACCCUCUACAGCCCCCUGGCUCUCUUCAUAAGCAUUACUUCUUUACAAACAAGCUCCAUUUUCAUGCUUUUUUUCCUCUUUGUCAUAUUUUAAGAAAUUAGAAACAAAAAUUCUAAAUUCUAUCCUUAAGAUCUGAAACUUUAAAAAGUAAAUUUUUAAGGUCUAUCCCUCCAUGCUGAGAGAUGAGUCCUACUACUUUUUCUGAUUGUCAUAGUUGGAAUUCUCAACCCUGCCUCAAGAAUGCUCAGUAUUUUCUGCAAAUGAUUUCUAUUCUAAUGGGAACCUUCUGAAAUCUGUGAGAAUGGUCCAUUUUUCAAGACCUUGCUUGUCAAUGAGUCACUACAGCUUGUCUGAGUUAAUUUUGAGUUUGCUUACUUGCUGGCAUCAUAAUACAGGGUUCAAGGGGCCCCACCAGAUAUAGAGCUAUCAAUGGCCACUGUCUUCAACAUGCCACCCCCUAUACCUCAGUGCUCCAUCCUCUGCUUCUUACAGCAUGGACCUCACAGUUUGGGCAAUAGGAACGCUGGUGGACUUUGACAACGUUAGGACAGCAGGUUGAGUUUGGAAUACAGUGGCAAUGAGCAAACUCUCAGGAUUGAGCCUAAUGGAAAGCUAGACUGCCUUCAGCACUGAUUAUUAGGAGAUGGGGGGGUAAUUAAGAGUUAUAUACUGGCAUAGAUUUCAUAGCUUAUUUUUCAGUCAGUAUGUCAGUGGCAAGAUAUUCUCCCUAGAUCAAAAAGCAAAGAGGCUGCCUCAGUGAGGAACGAGCUUUCUCUUUUGUGAGUGUCAAAGCUGACACUCCCCGCACCCAUCCAGAGUCAUAAUUGUCCAAAGACAAAGUCUACGUGCAUCUAUUUAUGCUAAUUGGAAAGGGAGCAAGUGGAUCCUGGCCAUCUUCACCAGGUCCCACUAGAAUUGAAUGUUCCCACACUCAUAUGCAGGCCUUCUGAAAACAAGGUUGUCCUGGCCCCUAGCCCCACAGCAUGACUCUUGGGUACCAGCACAGGACUGCUUUCUCACAAUCUUUAUAGUGUAUUUAUCACAUAACCUCAUAUAUCUUUGCCAAAGAUUUUAAAAGUAAAUCUGUUUUUAAUAUAGACUUUCUUAGACUUUUGUAAUGAUAAAUGUGCACACUUCUCAUGACACGGAAAUAUUUAGAGUUUGUGUGUGUGUGUAUAUGUGUGUGUUUCCUUUCACAAGAAAUAUUUCACGAGCAAUAUAAAGGAUUUUAAAUUAGCUUAUUCCAGGUUUUUGUUCAUUUUAGUUUGAUUUUAUUUUCCUUCUUUGUUUUUGACAGCAAUUAUUUCAUAUUAUGAAUGACAACUUCACUACCGUGGGUCUUUCUGAUUGAAUUGUGUGAAAUUCUGCUUAUAUCACAAUUUAUAAAGAUAAUAUAGCCUUAUGGAUAGGAUUAUAUUCUAUCUAAAAAAAAAAAGAAUACUGUCCUUAUUUACUUAUAAAUGCAUAAACAAGGGAAGAGAUAGAUCAUCCUAGAUAUUCUAUGGACUAGAAUGUUUAAGAAAUAUAUUUGGUUUUAAUCAGAUCAUGUUGUUAUCAUCGGGUAAUAUUUUGAAGCCUGGGAGACAUGGAAAAAUUAAAAAAUGAAAAAAACCGUGAUGCAUUGUGUGCUAUGCAGAUGAAAAUAUUUUUAUGAGAAUUCUGAAUUGUCUGAAGUCCCAGUACGUGCCCAGUGGAUAUGAGGACUCAUCUGGUAGUGGGCCUCUCCUUCAACAGAUAAAAGCCAUUUGUACAUUCCAACCUAAGACGAAGUACUGAGAACUCUGUUUCUCUGAAACACCAAGCUCUGGCUUUUUUCUUUUCUUUCCUAUGUUAUUAAUGUGUUGUCAUGGUAUUUGUGUGUAUGCUUGUGUGUGUGUUAGAGAAAGAGGGAGAGGAGCUGAAUUAACCCAAAUCAAUCCCUUAAAGAUAACUGCUAUAAAGUUAUUAACACUAGAAAUAUCUUCUAGCCAAGAAAGAUGCUGCAUAUGAUUUGUGGUUGACAUUCAAAGUUUCUAGCUGAAUUUUUUGUAAUUCUCAAAGGAUGAGGUGCAAGGUGAAGGCAUUUACUUCAGGUGCCUGUAGGAUGACAGUAAAGAAAGGAAGGAAGAAUAUAAUGGAAACUUGGAUAACAGAACUUCCUGACUGGCUCUGGGUUUCUUAGUUAGUCAAAAUCCUAUUAACCUGAACCUACAAGGAAAAGCAGUGUUCUUUCUUGGGAAUACAGUGUAGUGAUCUUGACUAUGUCAGUUUCUGUGUCAAUGGCCCCAUCGUUCCUCCAUUAUCGAGUUGUGAAGAGUGUUAGGGAAAUGUUGGCAGACACUACUGAGGUUAGGGAAACACCAAUGUGACCUCCCAGCCUCAUGCCUUUCCUCCUGGCUUGUUGAGGCAUGUUUUCUUUUUCUUUCUUUUUUUUUUUUAAGGCAUUUCUAGAAAUAUUUCUCUUCUACCUUAGUAUUUCACAUUUGUCAUCUAAACAAUUGCUCACCCAUCUGUUGCCUGGAGCUAUGGUACAUGUGUGUUGCCAAUGAAAUGUGACAGGGCGUUCCAUGUACACCCGUUUUAGACAUUUGGACUUUGGGGGUGGGGGAGAAGCCUGCUGGAAAGGAUAUGACCCUGUAGAAUAUACCAGUAGCAAAUGAGGAGGGCAGAGCUCUAGGUGAACUUUUAAUGGAAAAGAUCAUAGAGAUAAGGUUAAUUCUCACCUUAUUUUCAGUUAAGCAACUGAUUUGACAACCCACCAAUGAAUCUGUGAGAGCAGGAAAAUGUUGCAAGACCAAAAAUAAAUUCAUUAGAAAGACAAGAGCAAAAUUCAGAAAUGUAAAGGGCUCUUUCGUUUUGGCAGAAUCUCAUCGUGUUUCUUUCCUCUUAAGUCUAUCCCUCUUGCACGGUUUUUGGCCGAGUCUCAUGAAUCAGGAAGUGUCUUGUUAGUCCCUAAAUCAUGAGCAACAUUUCAGAACACAAAGGAUGAUUUAUGGGCUGGGGUGAGCGUUUGUGGUUUGACCUCAUUCUGGGAUUAGUCAACCAUGAUGAUAAUAAAGACAAACACUUCACA